AUGGAAAGGAGGGUCGACUAUCUAUGCAGCUAUGCAUGUUCGGGAUUUGUGUAUUGCAACAUCCAUGGGAAUUGUCCUUAAAAUGACGUGUAUCUAAUAAUAAUUACUGAAAGAAAGAUAUUCUCGAAUAGUACAUGGAAUGAAUGAGAAAUUUUAAAAAAAGUUUUUAUUGUUAUGAUGUAUUUAUCCACUUGAAAACCAAAACCGGUGGUGGCAAGUUCCUGCUGCAGGGAGACGGUGGUGCCAGACAGAGAUCUAUAUAACCUAGGCCUACUACCAGCUACAGAGACAUAGACAGCUACGUACUACCUAGGCCUAGACAAACAGCAUCAGUCUACUUUAUCAAACUGUCUAUACAAUCAACAUCAAUAUGAUGCGUCCAAGGAGAAGGCGACAAGGAGGAUUUGGUCUUGUACUACUCUUCAUGCAAUUAGCCCGUUUUGGUUUCAACCACAUACCUCCUACCACUCUCAUCACGAUUGGGUUAAAUGUCGCUGUGUAUCUGAAGGUGCUCAACAAGUUUUUAUACAGUUUGAUCGGGAAACCAUCAAUCCAGAGAGUAUGUGUCAGUGCAGUAAGCGUCUGGUACCGCGGGGAUUGGUCGCGCCUCUUACUUGCUGCCUGGUUCCAUCUUGAUGACUGGCAUCUUUAUUACAACAUGAUUUCGUUUUUAUGGAAAGGGCGAUUUUUGGAGCAGCUUAUUGGUUCCUACUAUUUUGCUUAUUUAAUUGCAGUUUUUUCAGUUGUCACAAACAUUGUAAUGAUAGGGAUUAAUAUAAUGGCUGCUGAGUUUCUGGAGGAUGAUUCAUACAUUCUUAGUUGUGCUGCUGGAUUUUCAGGUGUCAUCUUUGCUCUGAAGGUUGUCACAACACACCUUAUGCCAAACCACAGACAAAGCAUUAUGGGAAUUUUUAGUGUACCAUCUCAAUGGGCAUGCUGGGUAGAGCUUGUGCUCAUCCAGGUGCUGGUACCACGCGCAUCAUUCACUGGUCAUCUAGCCGGAAUUCUUGUUGGCCUUGCCUACAUAAAGGGGCCUUUGAAGGGCAUCAUGGAUUCCAUUGCUGGAACAUUUACAGAGUUUGGUGGCUCAGCACGAAGAAAUUAUAGGCGUUCAAACACAAGAAGGUGGUCAGGAGGUGAUCACAAUCCUGCAGGACAGACAUCUGGCUAUCGCCCUAGAGCACAGACACCUGGAAAUGGAUUCCGAGAGGAAACAUACACAGGUGGUAUGAGUGAGGAUGAACAGGUGGCAGCUGCCAUGAGGCAGAGCCAAGAAACAGCAACUUACACUAACUUAUAUCCAUCAGCACCACCUGUGGAGGAAGAACAUGGGUAUGAGAAUGUUAGCUCUCCAACCCUUCCGCCAUAUGGACAUGAUAGUGGACAAUCUGGACAUCAGUCAGGAAUAAGUAAUGAGGAACUUAGGAGACGACGACUAGAGAGACUUAAUCAAAGAUAAUGAGAAAAGAAAUACUGUAAUAUGAUAAUGUGAAGUAAUUUUGUAUUGCUGGAUCUGCCAGAUAUAGUGGAACAGGUUUCAUUAUUGAGGAUCAUGCUUUAAAAAAAAAAAAAUUUAGUACAGUACCAUACUUUAACUACAGCCAUUAACAUCAACAUUGGUUUGAGCUGCUCAUUGCCCAGGGUGUGGGUAGUACAGUACUGUAGCACCAAGUCGUUUGGGAUAAGGGCUUUCAGUGGAGAUCCAUCAUUGUACACAUAUCUGGCCUGUGUGCAGCCAUUGCAUCGUUUGGAAUGUAGGGGGUGACUGCACGUAUGCAGUUCAGCACAAUGAUGCUUUGCAUUUUUUCGUUUUUUAUUAAAAGAAUAAUUUAUAUUGUGUAUUUAAUGCCUGUCCAAGAGUUCCUGAGAUAGUUAAAUUUCUAUUAGCAUUAUUCUGUGGAACAUUUUGAAAUCAGUGUCGAUUCUGGUGGAUUUGAUUUGAAUUUUUAAGAGUCAGUACUUGUUGCAAGGUACUGUAUAAGAUACAAAUCAAGAAUAUUGUAAAAAUGAGUAUGAAGAUAAAUGGAAUCAGAGACUUAAUAUAUAUAUUGAAAUGUAUACUGAUGUCAAAACAAUGAAAUACAAGCUAUUAUAACUACACAAGCUUUUAAAAUGCUGAUUAAAUAUUAAAAUUGCGCAAAUCAGGGCUACCAUUAUGAUAUGCUGUAUAUUUACCAUUAAAAUUGAUGUUAUUAAUAAUAAUACAAACAAAAAAUGGAAUCUUUAAUAUCUGUUUAAAUAGUUAUUGAUUAAACAUUUGAGUUAAAAGGUA